AAACACAUCCGGUUUGCGAUCGAACCGGAUCGGAGGAGAAAGGGAAUGAACGGGCCAAAGAGAAGCGCCCUCGGAGACACUCCAAGGGCUGCCUCUGCCCGGGCUCCAACUCUGAGCCCUCCCUGCCCAAUAUUGUGCACCGUUUGUUGCGGAGUGGCGGUCGUAGCGUCGCUACUGCCCCGCAUAUGGCGGCUGCCGAGUGGGUGAGAGUAACGGAAGUGGUGUGUCUGCCACGCGCCUUUCCUCUAUGGUCUCUACGGGUGCCGCGGAGGGACUCGCCUGGUGGAAUCGCGCUCGCCCCUGGCUUUGCAUGGAGCGCUGCCGAGCGGGCGAAGGCUGGGACGCCCCGGGAGGGAGCAGGAGGCGGCGGCGCCAGCGGCGGAGAGAGGAGCGGGGCGGCGGAGAGGCCGAGAGCCCCGAGGACGCGGGAGAAAGGCAGAGGCGGCGGCUGCGGGAGGCGUGUUCAGAACUGCAGAGCUCAGAAUUCUGGGAUUCAAGCCUCGAUCCCUGAAGAUCUGUGUUACAUAUUUGACCCUGUCUUUUCCACGCUGGAAAUCAAAGUCCUUGCCCAUCUUGGGCUCACUGUGCUCCUGGAGAAUGAGGAGGGAAAAUGCUGCAUCCACAAUCCUACCAUCUUCUACAUGGUCCACUGCGGAAAAGCUCUCUAUAACAACCUGCUCUGGAGCAACUGGUCCAUAGAGGCCCUUUCCAAAACGGUCAUCAUAGGGAACAGCUUCAAGGGCAUUGAAGACAGGGUGCUGAGCAGGAUAUUCCAAAAGGACUACAGUUACAUUGCAAAGGUUUUAAUAGCAACAGAUGAAGAAGCCCUUCCUUCUCACCCUCAAUACUUGGACAUAUUUAACGACACCUCUGUCCACUGCUUUCCUCUGGAGAAACUGAGGGACCUUCCCCCAGAGAUCUGGAAGCUUCAGGAGGAGCCAGUUUACCCAGAUGAAGAUCAGCCAGAGAUCAUCAGAAACAAGAAAUGAAAUUCAAUUCCAGAGGCUAUGGACUGGAGGUGCAGGGCUGGGUUUGGGUUUCCUUCUUUGGAGAGGGGCUUGAGUUACUUCUGGUGUUGCAAAGAGUUCAUGUUCAUGUUAAUGUCACACACACACCCCACCCUAAAGCAGAUAACUAGCCACACUGUCUAUUUGUGUGUUGCUCUAUGGCAUCUCCAUGGGACAAAUGAGGCAUGCGCAGCAUGCACAAGAUGCCAAAGCUCUCCUUGUCUCUCUCUCGCUUGUUCACUGAGCGGCAGAGCUUGGGAGGAUCAGUGGGGCAAACCCAAGCAUCACCACUAUCUCUGUUCAACUCUGGUCUGGUACCUCCUAUGAGAGUUCCCUCAUGGGAUGGAAAAAGGGGCAGAGAUCUGGUGGUGCUAGGCAAGCUGCCCAGUAGGACUGGGCUCCCUCAUUAAGGGGGAGAGCCAUUCACACUCCCAGCUGCUGCUUCACAAUUAAGGCAGCAACUUCUCAGAAAACCAAGUUUCUCCACAAACCUUGUAUUUCUAAUAAUGUUUUUAAUUAAAAGCAACACACAUUGAA